AUGGUCUUCUUCGGGUGCAAAUCCGUCCCCUUCGACCCGAAGCAGGAUAUCCCGCCGCUCAACGGCAACGUGAUUCUCGUGACAGGUGGCAACAUCGGCCUGGGCAAGCAAUGUAUCCUUGAAUAUGCCCGUCACCGACCGGAACUCAUCUGGCUGGCAGCUCGCAACAUCGAAAAGGGCCAAACCGCGGCCGAGAAGAACCGGCAACAAAUGCGCUUCCUGGCUCGCAAAUACCCACAAUUUACCUGCGCGACUAUCCAUCCGGGCGUCGUGCGCACAAACCUCAUGAACAGCGCCACGGGGUCGCCGCUCGUUAUCCGGCUGCUGGGAAAGGUGACCGAAUGGACUGUCACCCCGAUCGAACAGGGAGUGCAUGAUCAGUUUUGGGCAUCGGUGUCCAAGGAUGUCAAGAGUGGCGAAUAUUACGAGCCCGUGGGGAUUUGGGGACCUGUUUCGCCGUUGGGAGAGGAUGAUGCCCUGGCGCAGAAGAUUUGGGAUUGGACCGAGAAGGAGCUCGCGAAAUAUGUGGUGUAG